CGUUCAAUGGCGUCAGGAACUGGAUAUCUCGGCGUGACACCGCCCAUCUCUACCAAUGAAUCGAGCAUCCGGGAGAAGGAAGUGACGACUACCCUCAUGGGUGAGCUCCAACGCCAAGGAAUCUUUGAGAGUGAGGAGGAAGCGAAGACGAGGGAGAUCGUACUCGGUCGUCUAGCUGCUUUGAUCAAGAAGUUUGUACGACAAGUAUCCUUAUCCCGCGGUCUUUCAGAGGCAGCAGCAAACGCCGCAGGAGGCAAAAUCUACACCUUCGGUUCAUACAGGCUCGGCGUACACGGCCCGGGCGCUGACAUAGAUACUCUUUGUGUCGCUCCGCGACAUGUCACUCGGGACGACUUCUUCAAUGUAUUAGAGGGAAUGUUGCGCGAGAUGGAGGGCGUAACGGAAGUCUCGGGCGUCCCCGAGGCAUAUGUACCCAUUAUUUCGACAGAGAUUUCUGGUAUCCCUAUCGAUCUGCUAUUCGCUCAGCUUGAUCUGCCUAUAAUUCCUGAGGACCUGGACCUUCAAGACGACAACCUUUUGAGAAACCUCGACGAGAAGUCGAUCCGCAGUCUCAACGGUUCUCGCGUGAUCAACGAGAUUCUGCGGCUUGUUCCCAACGUCGACGUCUUCCGGACGGCGUUGCGAUGCAUCAAGCUGUGGGCGCAGAAACGAGCCGUGUACUCCAAUGUCAACGGCUUUCUCGGUGGCGUCGCCUGGGCAAUGCUCGUUGCCCGUGUCUGCCAGCUGUAUCCUAAUGCCGUUGCUGGUGCUAUCGUCAGCCGGUUCUUCGUCAUCAUGCAUAAGUGGUCGUGGCCGCAGCCUGUACUCCUCAAACCUAUCGAAGACGGCCCACUGCAAGUGCGCGUAUGGAAUCCCAAGGUGUAUUCCCAGGACAGAUCUCACCGGAUGCCUAUCAUCACGCCGGCUUACCCAUCUAUGUGUGCCACCCACAAUGUAAUGCAAUCUACGCAGCAAAUCAUGAAGGAGGAAUUCCAGAGAGGUUGCGCCAUCGUGGAUGAUGUCAUGCUCGGGAAAGCAGAAUGGUCCGCGCUCUUUGUGAAGCAUGACUUCUUCCAGAGAUAUCGGUUCUAUCUUCAAGUCGUUGCGGCGUCGCGUGAUCUUGAAAUGCAGAACAAAUGGUCCGGCACAGUGGCGUCUAAGAUUCGGCAGUUGGUAAUGAGGCUUGAGUACGUCGACGCCCUGAAGUUGGCGCACCCUUUCAUCAAGGGAUUCGAUGUCGUCUACUACUGCCUCUCCGAGGAGGAAGCGCAGGUCGUAACCCGUGGUGAAAUUCCUCCAGCCGUUGCGCAGCGCAAGAAGGAAGACGUGGCCGACAAGGAGGGUGUAAUCACCGUGCACACCACAUCAUUCUUCAUUGGCCUGUCCAUCAAGCCCAAGGAAGCGGGUUCGACGGGCCCUCGCAGACUCGACAUCUCGUAUCCGACAACGGAGUUCGUCAAGAUGACUAAGAUGUGGGAGAAGUACGACGAAUCUGCAAUGCACAUAGCGGUUCGGCACAUCAAGCACACGGUGCUCCCCGACUUCGUGUUCGAGCCUGGUGAGCGGGAGGCGGCGUCCCGUCCAACCAAACGCAGCCGGAGUAUCAAGGACUCGCCGGCCCCGGCUACGAAGAGGUCGAGAACGGACCUCGGAGUCGAUAUGCAAUCUCGUCCAACCUCUUCGGCGUCGUCUACACGCCUCCCAGCGUCUUCAUCUCAGGUGCUACAGACCAAUUCCGCAGACGCAGGUUCCAACAUGUUAGACGAUUUGCCCCACACGUCUGCGACCUCGCAAACGCCAGAUCCCUUGACCGUCGCCGCAAGCGCGUGACGAGCUCAUGUCUCCCGUAUCUCAGGUACCGUUGGUUAUUACGCCGGACAUCUUCUGCUUCAUGUGCCACCAGCUCAUCUCCUGCAGUCCGUCUACCUUAUUCACUCGCACACACUCACCUAGCCAUACGUACGCUUCUUCCACUUCCGAGGUAUCUGCUGGGUCAGGGCGAUCAUUUGGGUUCUCAAGUUACAUUAGUUCCAGUCUAGUAUUGUCUUUACACACGACCCCUGUAUUUUAGC